AUGAAUUUAUCGAUAACGGCGACGUCGUCGUCAUCUGAGAAGCUGUCAUCGUCGCCGUUCUCAUCGUCCACAUCGCCACCGAGCAGCAAGGAACAACAGAAUCGCCGUCAGUACUACACCGAAAAUGGGAAUAAUAAUAAAACAGAUGUGUUCAAUAUUUCGAUGCAAGCAUUCGCUCCGAACGCAAAGAAUGAAGAGCAGAUUCAAGCGCAUUUCAACACACUGAGCUCCUACUAUUCGGGCCUCAAACUCACAAACACCUCGUCAUUUCCAGCGCCAGAUCCCUACCAGAUUUUGGGACCAACUAGCCGCAGUUUAGCGCAUUCCGGAAGCGGACAAACACAGUUGUGGCAGUUUCUUCUUGAACUUCUCUCAGACAGUCGCAAUGCGGAAGUGAUCACAUGGGAAGGAACCAAUGGAGAAUUCAAGCUAGUGGAUCCUGAUGAAGUCGCAAGAAAAUGGGGAGAACGAAAAUCGAAGCCAAACAUGAAUUAUGAUAAAAUGUCAAGAGCUCUUCGCUAUUAUUACGACAAGAAUAUAAUGGCGAAAGUGCACGGAAAGCGAUAUGCGUACAAGUUUGAUUUUCAAGGAAUCGCGGCAGCUCUGCAGCCAGCAACAGCGACUGGACCGCAAGAUUAUUUCAAUUCGCACACGGUUGGUAGGAUUGCUCCUGACUUUUCUUGGACCAGUGCCAAUUACCGAUCUCUAAUUCCAGCCGGAUUUAACGGUGGCAGCACAAUUUUCAAUCCAUCGGUCGGAUAUAGCGCAUUCGGUGCCACUAGUGGUACCGGUAAUCUCUCGACAAGAGCAUUCCCGCUCUACCGCUAA